CCUGCCCGCCCCGCCCGGCUAGCUUAAGGGGUGGAACCGGCUGGGCCUUCUCUCAGGGCCUAGCCACCUCCGGAGUCCCUGCCACCGUUCUCCGAGCACCGAACUGCAGGCUCCCCUGAGCCCCUCAGACCGUCGCCAUGAAGAUCAAGGAUGCCAAGAAACCCUCUUUCCCAUGGUUUGGCAUGGACAUUGGGGGAACACUAGUAAAGCUCUCAUAUUUUGAGCCUAUUGAUAUCACAGCAGAGGAAGAACAAGAAGAAGUUGAGAGCUUGAAAAGUAUCCGGAAAUAUUUGACUUCUAAUGUAGCAUAUGGAUCCACUGGUAUUCGGGACGUGCACCUUGAACUGAAGGAUUUAACACUUUUUGGCCGAAGAGGGAACCUGCACUUUAUCAGAUUUCCAACCCAGGACCUGCCUACUUUUAUUCAAAUGGGACGAGAUAAAAACUUCUCAACAUUACACACGGUGCUAUGUGCUACAGGAGGUGGUGCUUACAAGUUUGAAGAAGAUUUUCGCACAAUUGGAAACCUCCACCUGCACAAACUGGAUGAACUUGACUGUCUUGUAAAGGGCUUGCUGUAUAUAGAUUCUGUCAGUUUCAAUGGACAAGCAGAGUGCUACUAUUUUGCUAAUGCCUCAGAGCCUGAGCGAUGCCAAAAGAUGCCUUUUAACCUGGACGACCCCUAUCCACUACUGGUGGUCAACAUUGGCUCAGGAGUCAGUAUUUUAGCAGUCCAUUCCAAAGACAACUAUAAACGCGUAACUGGGACAAGCCUCGGAGGGGGCACCUUUCUGGGCUUGUGCAGUUUAUUGACUGGCUGCGAAAGCUUUGAAGAGGCUCUUGAAAUGGCAUCCAAGGGAGACAGCACCCAAGCCGACAAGCUGGUCCGUGAUAUUUAUGGAGGAGAUUAUGAGAGAUUUGGUCUGCCGGGUUGGGCUGUAGCAUCUAGUUUUGGUAACAUGAUUUAUAAGGAGAAGAGAGAAUCUGUUAGUAAAGAAGAUCUAGCAAGAGCUACUUUAGUUACCAUCACCAAUAAUAUCGGUUCUGUGGCACGAAUGUGUGCUGUUAAUGAGAAAAUAAACAGAGUUGUCUUCGUUGGAAACUUUUUACGAGUCAAUACUCUCUCAAUGAAGCUUUUGGCAUAUGCACUGGAUUAUUGGUCAAAAGGUCAACUGAAAGCAUUGUUUCUAGAGCAUGAGGGAUACUUUGGAGCCGUUGGUGCACUUCUUGGGCUGCCAAAUUUCAGCUAAAGCCUCAGGUUUCUCUCUGCCAAUGUCAUCCAGGAGGAACUGAAAACCAGAGGCAUUUUACCGUGUUGUCACUGGGAACCAAAGGAUGAAAGAGUAGCACGAUUUGUGUUAGUUUUUAAAUGUCAAAACAGUAAGCUGCUAAAUGUUGCCAUAUUAUAGCGAGAACUCGGUAACAGGUGGAAGUGUUUCCAACUGAAAUGCUUUCCCUUCUGUAUAUAGCCAGUGUUAAAUCCUUAAAUGCAAUACAGCCUCUGAUUAUUGAGCUUUCUCUCAAAAAGAUUUUCUAUUUUAUGUAGCCAACAUUGCAGUACUGUACGCUCAAACACAGAUCUUUAAAGUCUCUGAAAUGUUUAGCUCAUGAAAAUAAUUCUGAGUAUUUGUUACGAGUCUGUUCUGUAUGUUUUGGUUACUGGUAAGCAGACGGUAACAUACCCUGUAUCAAAAUCAAUUGAAAUGGCAAUCAAAGAUGAUCGUUUUUAUGUGAUUUUAGAAAUGUGAAGGGAAUAUUAAUUAUGCAAAUAUUAAUUAUGCAUUAUUGUAGUUUUCCUAACAUAUCCCUCCCCAAAAGCAUGUUUAUGUGAUCUUUCCCCAGAAGUACCACCUUUUUCAAAUGCCAUAGUAUAAUUGAAAUACUGUUCUUAAAUAGUAGUCUGAAUUUCAGACAAAUCCUAGAAAAUGCACCUAUUUGGUCACAUUGCACUUCCUGUAUUUUACUAAUCAGUACAUUUUUAAAUGCUUAAUAUUUUUAAUUGGAGGCUUACUUCCUUAUUUGAAAGUCUGAUGAGGCUGGCUGACUAUUCUAAUAGAGAGUUGGUUUGCAUGCUUUGGGAGAGUUCUUUCUAUACCACAUUUUAUCUCAGGCCCAAACUCAGUCCUUUCUGUUUAAUUAGGUCUGAACCUUCAAAGCUAAAGGCUUAAUUCUAUUAUGAACAGCAACAAAAUCACAGUUAUUUUAAAUGGAUGUUACGCAAAUCUAAAAGAAUUGUUUUGAAACUCGGGAAUUCUGAGGCAGUACUGCAGAAUUACGAAAGAAUCAGUGUUUUGUACAUCUUGGUAAUGAAAGAAUUAUAGUUCCAAAAUUUAUAAAUCUCUUUGCCUUAGAAUUUGUUCUCUAUUUUGAAUUAUUUUUUUAUACUGUUAAAAAUUUUUCCAGAUGUUCACUUUGUUAGUAACAUUUUGGAGUCCAGCAGUGCAGCAAAGUUGUGAGAAUAUUUCUCAUGGUUUAUGAGGUAGAGAGACUUGGGAAAACUAUUCAGUUCCUUAAAUCACUUCCAGUAAAUCAGAAUGUGCUUUGAAGAGCUUAAAAAUUGUUUACAUUACAGGAAGAAGUAUUCCAGUGUGUUUUUACAGAAUACAGUUUGGCUCCAUAGAGAACAGUGUUUAGUACACUGUCAAGAGGUGCUUGAUAAAAACAUUUCUCCUCAGUGUUUUCAAAAUUUAUGCUCAAACACUUAAAAUUUAGUUUUCUCUGUCUAAAAACAUUAACAUGAAUAAUUGGGGUGAAGAUGUAGAGGGGAAAGUAUGUCAAGAUAAUUUUUUUAGAAUUUAGAAUAUUUAGAACUUUAAAUUCACGUCAAUCAGUAGUCAUUUUGAAAACCUACGACUAAAUGUUUCUCUAAUGUUUCCAUUGUAGUGAUUAGAUAAUUUCAGCAGAAAGUUACCUCUUCAGUUUAUUUUCAAAUUUUGUGAUUUGAGCAUCUCUACAAAAGUUUUUCUU